AUCGAUCAUUGGGGCAGAUUCAACGUCAACGCCAUUUUUCAGUCGCCAUUGACCACGUCGUUGGAUUUUAGUUUUGUUGGUCUCCGAUUCUUUAUUUGAUUUCCUUAUUUAUUAGGCAAAAUGGCUUCUAAUACUAUUAAUAAUGGGAAAUUUUACAUUGUCAAUUUAAUUACCCAAGAGGGUCAAUAUGUUGCCAUCAUACCAGACUUUUGGUUCUUCGAUGACUCUUGCUACUACCCUAAUACGGGUGGAGAUAUUGCUGCGUCCAAACAAUCCUUCAAAGAAGCUAGGAGAUGUUUACCAAGAGCGGUAGAGUUUUCUGACCUGAAUACUGCCUCUGAGGCUGAUGACAAUAUGUAUGGAAGGGGUAAAAGGAAAAAAAGGCCACGUCAAGUCUACUCACCAGCUGAAGAUUCAGCGAGUGAAGAAGAUAACAUCAGUGACACCGAGAACAACACUGUAACUCUUCCACCUGUCCCUAGAAAUUUUGCUGCGAGCUUCACUAAGUCAUUGUUACAGUCUAACAACAACUUGCAAGAUUCACAAAGCCAAUUUGCUACCAGUGGCUUUCUCACAUCUACACAAUAUCCAGACGAGCAAGAAAGUCAAGUUAUUAAUUCAUUGAAUGGAUCUCCAACCCAAGGCGAAAUGGAAGCUGAUGAUAGCAAUACCUUAAAUCUGUCAAGCUACAAUAACACUGCCGCUGCUGCUCCCUCUGUACCUGAUAGAUCAAUCAUACCAUUGCUUCCGGUAAACAGUACUGUUGCUGAUGCUGCCCGUGUACUCGCUACGUCAUAUACGCAAUUGCUUCCGGAUAACCGAAAUGCCUUACCAACGGGCGUGUUGUCUCAUUCACCAUCAUUGUCACCUGCUCAUCGUACAUCUCCACUAGCACAUGUUAACCGGCGAUUACCUACAAAUAUGGAGCAUCUAUCACUUCCAUUGAGACAAUCUCAGCAGAUUCAAUUGCCAUCUCAGCCACAGUCUAAUGAUUCAAACGACAAGGAGGCAACGUUCAAACAUAGAGUAUUGCGUUUCCUGUGUCAAAACUUGGAAAAAACGGCUCAGUUGGAAGCAAAAAUGGAUAUGCUGAUUGCCAAAUCCAAUAAUAAUUUAUCGCAAUCAGUUAUGGAAAAUGAUCAGUCUACUUUAGUGGAUAUGUCUGAAUUGCCAUUAAAGACCCGCGAUGACCUUGUUGCCUAUGAAAAACUUUUGGAGACAAAUGCUGAUCAAUAUUUAAAAUUGGUAAGGAUGGUUAAACAAAUUGGUGGCGAAACCCUUGCUGAUGCUGUAAAACGUGCCUGGGAGAGGGUCCUUUCACUUGAAGUUCGAGCCGUCGUAAACUGGAGUGGAAAAAAAAGAAAGGACAAACCCCAAAAGCAUAAGUUACAGGGAAUGAAAGUUACUGAAGCAAUUUUUACAGGAAUUCGCCAUGCGAAAGAGUUUGCUCAAGUUACAGACAAUGCACUUAUGAAGGAGAACCGUAAUGCUGUGAAGCAUGCUGCAGAAACUGUACGGAAUAAGACGGGAAUUGUCCCACAGGAGCCUGGUUCUGACAGCAAUGAUGAGUAACGCGACCCAAGGUCAUUGGUGUAGAAGAGAAUCAGCUUGUACACCUUUCCAAAUUAACUGUCCAUGAAAACAAUCAACCAAGAAAAGUUCAAGUACCUGGCCUUGCUCAAGUUGCAUUUAAUGCCUCCUUCCAGGUGUCUUUUUGGUUCUCGAUCUCGGAUUCCAUAUUCAAGAGGAAUAUGAUGUUCAACGUCUAUGUCGUAUUGAAUUGCGCAACAACGUUGAUCCCGAAGAAACUGAAGGAUUAGAAGAGGUAGUUGAGUUUUUCAUCAAAGAGGAGGCGACAUUCAUCGAGAAGUAGUUGCCAAUACUAUCAACGAUCAACACAAAAUCUUCUUACGUCAUACAUCUGCAAUUUAAGGAAACGCUUCUUGAGUUUAAGUCCAUGCGCGUAUUCUACCGAUUUAUUGUGGAUUUGUUGCGUAUAAUUGAAAUACAAACAUUUAAUCGAG